AUGGCUGGCAGGGCAGCUGUUGCGGGUGGAGGCGUGGUCGGCCAGCGGCAGGCGCUGAGCACCUCGGCUGGCUUGCGCGAGGAGGCCGGCGAGGAGCGGAUCGAACCUGCCGAUGCCGAGAGUCUGAUGCAGAUCGGAACUCGGCGGAUCCUGUCUGCGGAGCAUGACGAGUACCGGCGCGGGGUGCGUGCGUUCUUCCAGGAUCAGGUGGCGCCGUUCCACGACGAGUGGGAGGCGGCAGGGCAAGUGCCGCGCGAGCUGUGGACGGCGGCGGGCGAGGCUGGGCUGCUCGGGGUGGGGGUGCCCGAGGCCGAGGGCGGAGUGGGCGCCGACAUUCGGUACUCUGCAGUGGUGUGGGAGGAGCAGAGCUACUCGAACUGCUCCGGCCCGGGCUUUGCGCUGCACUCGGACAUUGUGCUGCCGUAUCUGGUCCACUACGGGACGGCCGAGCAGAAGGCCAAGUACGUCCCGCCGAUGAUCACCGGCGAGGCUAUCGGCGCCAUCGCCAUGACUGAGCCCAACACCGGGUCGGACUUGCAGGGCGUGGCGACCAAGGCCGUGCAGGUUGACGACGACACGUUCAAGAUCUCGGGCUCCAAGACGUACAUCACUAACGGCGCCCUCGCCGACACGGUCAUCGUGGUCACUCGGACCGGGCAGCCGGACAAGCGCGGCGGUGGACUCACCCUGUUUGUUGUCGAGGAUGGGAUGAAGGGCUUCUCGCGCGGGCGCAAGCUCAAGAAGAUGGGCCUCCAUGCGCAGGACACGUCCGAGCUCGUGUUCGAGGACGUGCUCGUGUCAAAGAAGGAACACAUGCUCGGCCAGGAAGGCGGCGGCUUUUACCACCUCAUGACCGAACUCCCGCAGGAGCGGCUGAUUGUGGCUGGCGCCGGCAUUGCCGCCGCCGAGGCCGCCUACGAAUGGACCCGCGCGUUUGUCAACGAGCGCAAGGCCUUUGGCCAGCAGAUCAAGCGAUUCCAGGCCCUCGCCCACCGCCUCGCCGAGGUCAAGACCAACGUGGUCAUCGGUCGCACCUUUGUCGACUCGUGCCUCGAGCUCCACGCCCAGGGCCGCUUCACCUCGCAGAUGGCCUCGAUGGCCAAGUACUGGGCCACUGACCUGCAGAACGAGGUCGUCGACGUUGGCGUCCAGAUGCACGGCGGCGCCGGGUUCAUGGAGGAGUACCCGAUUUGCAAGGCAUACCGUGAUGCCCGUGUCCAGCCCAUCUACGCCGGCACCAACGAGAUGAUGAAGGAGCUCAUUGCUCGCACCAUCUAGACCUGUCCGUGCUACUCUUUUACACACACACUGUCUCUCACGUCCGUGCCCGUCCACUCUUGUCCACUCCCGCCUCUCGGGCUUGAUUUUGCACGGCCUCUUCAGCGUAAGACUCACAUGGUCCAGCG